AUGCCCUUAUUUAUCACUGAUAAUGAAGACGAAUAUGUCAGAUUUGUGAACCAAGUAGCAAAUGGUUCACAGCUGGACGAAGGUCAAUUGGGCGACGAACUUCCUCCUCCGCCGACUUAUGAGGAGGCUAUCCAUCCUGUUCAGGAUUCUCCUUCGCAAUGCCAAAUUAGGCCUGGCCAGGAUUCGCAGGGCACUCAGGGAGAGAACUCAGAGCUUGUAUGCUUCGGAAUGCUGAGAGAUAUCCGUGUCGAAAUCAAUCCCGCCCAGGACACGUAUUCUUUAAGCUUUGAUCGAUCAUUCGGAUUACCCGACACGUUUGCUUCGCUAGCUUUUUCCAUACAAUGGAACCGAAGUGAUUUUCUAUCAAAACAGGGCAUUUCUUUAGCGAAACUAAACCCCGAAACCCACCGUCAACUAAGCGGCAUAAGAGUUGAAGAGGAUCCGAUUUGGCUGGGCGUGAUGCCAAUGGAUGAACUCCAACAGAGUCUAGGAGUAGUGACGAAGAUCUCUUCUUCUUCGUCUCCUUCCUCUUCCUCUUCCUCCUCCUCCUCCUCCUCCUCCGCCAAUUGUUCGUCGUCAAUGGGUACGUGUACCAUGGACAUACUCGUCAUCGGUCCAUUGGCUAUCGAGGACGCUCUCGCAAGGGAACUUGGUCAGCACAGAUUGUACUUAGAUCAUCCAGAUCCAAUGCCCAAGCAGUUCAAGUAUUAUAACCCCCAAUGGUUCUACACAGAGGGGACACUGUUUUACGAGCCGCUGGUUACACCACCUCCACCGGAGACCGCUGAUCGGAACGAGAUGAAUGGCUCUGACAAUGAGAGCGAAGUCACGGGAGAAGACAAGGACGAAGGAAAACAAAGGCGAAGACGUGAGCGCAGACGUGAGCGACGACGAGAGCGACGACGAGAGCGACGACGAGAGCGACGACGAGAGCGACGACGAGAGCGACGAGAGCAAAGGCGAGAGCCAAGACGUCAAGGAUGA